CGGAACGUCGAUCGGUGAACCACGUGAAUUUCUUUCAGACUCCUCCUCCUUUACGACGUGCUGGCGCGUCUGAUCGGCUUUCAGACAGUGUAGCCAAACUCGUAUCCUUGGAGAACCUGUUCGAAAGAAUUCCUUCGCGCGCGAAAAUCUUCCCACAAAAGUCGUUUUUUAUCUUUGAAACCGGUGAUCGUGAACGUUCAAAGUUUGCCCCAAAUUCUGUGAUAAUAAGCGCCAACGGAAUCUUGAUUCACGGGUAUAGUGUUAAUCUUGACAGUGUCGAAAGUCUACAGAAACUGAAUUGAUUAAGUUCAAUUGGGAUAUCAACUUGAGACAAGCAUAAUUAAAUUUGCAAGAAUAAGCUUCAGAAAGUGGAAACUUUGUUUUCCUUGUAGAAGAAGGAAACGGAAAGAGCCGCCCUACCAAAUAAUACUAACUCAUUGAAAAGAUUACGAAAGAGGAAGAAUGUAUUUUAUUAUCAAUCUUCACGCUUAGCUGGCAGAUUACCAUUAUCUCACUCAUCAUUCGGUCUUUAAUCGAUAGCGUGCAAAUAAUCAGUGAAGAAUUUGUGGAUUGAUAGGGCUCCUCCGAGGUUUCAAGGAAAUAUCUCUAUUAAUACGUCGAAUCUCAACUUCUCGAUUAUAACGGUCCGAGCGAUACUGGAAACGUAACCAAUUGUGGCAACGUGUGUACACCGAUCAAAUAAACUCCAUUAGACCCGGAAGAGUUUACCAUAAAUUUAGAACGGUCGAUUUUACUUACACAUCGGACGAGAAACACAAAUUUCAACUACAAAGAAUCAAAUCAAACGAAAAGAAAUAUGGAGGAAAGAUUAUGAUAAACGGAAGAUGUUGCUAACGCAUUGGAAGUUCCAAAUGUUCUCUUUAUACGUGUUCCUCGAUACUUGAUGCUUGAACCACCAAUCUUUAUCGACAAGGAAAGACAGCGCAUAAACUGAUCGAAUUAUAAUAAUUGUGGAAUUCGUCGGAAACCUUCGGAAAACAUUGUGAAAGUUUUAUGGUGGAAUUUGCGGAUCCUACAAAAAGAUUUCAAGGAAAGAUGCCUGGAAAUUCGAAAUGGUUAUUAAUGUUGCUGCUGAUUCUUCUCUGCGCCUUAGACGUUUGCUACGGUCGCAUGAACGACGAAACGCCAACGAUAUAUUCGAUUUUCUUGCAAAAUAAAACCGUAAUACCAGAAAAAUACAAAAAUCUACCAUUAGUCGGAAAAUGUUGUCCGAAUGGUGAAGUUUUCGUGAAAAAUGGUACCCGUCCUGCCAUCUGUGGCGUCCCCGACUCCAUGAUGGAGAACAAUUUCUCUCCUCUCUUUAGUAAAUUCAAUAACACUGGCUUUGAACUACCCGGUGACAAAUAUAGUGCAUUCGUUGCGAUCAUUGGAAUUCCUUGUAAAUACAGGAGGUACGUGUUGUAUCCGGAAGAUAACAAAGAUGACGAAAACUCUUUAUUACUAAACGGAUCUGUGUUUGUGCAACACAAUCAUCCGAAUAUGUUACAGCCUGGCGUCGAUUAUUGCAUGGAACUUAUUCCAAAUCUCGGAUUGAAAACAAUUGUAUGCGCUCCAGAAGAAAAGUUAAUAAUGACUGCAGAUUCCCGAUUUACCAUUUACGCGUGCGGCCUUCUAAUAUCAGUGCCAUUUUUAAUUCUUACUAUUGUCGCGUACUCUAUCACUCCAAAAUUAAAGGAUAUCUAUGGAAAAGCACUGUGCCGCUACUGUGGUUGUUUGGCGUUGGCUUUCUUCACGUUGGCGAUAACGCAACUAGGAAGUAGACAUUUAUCGGAUCAGGCUUGCACCAGUAUAGCGUUCGUAAUCCAGUUCUCCUUCGUCGCCUGCUUCUUUUGGCUAAAUGUGAUGUGCAUCGAAAUGUGGUCGUUGGUACGUAGCCACGUGGACCGCGAAACAUACAAGAGGAUGAAGCCAAAAACAUUAUUCUUUUGGUACUCUUUAUGGUGUUGGGGUCCCUCGGUGAUACUUAUUCUCGUCUCGAUGAUCAUGGAUCUAAGCCCAACGAUACCUGCCAGUUAUGUGAAACCACACUUCGGCAAGGAAAGUUGCUGGUUUAGAUCCAGCAACGAAGCAAUGCCAUACUUUUACGCGCCGGUCGGCUUGCUGCUUCUCGGAAACGUGACUCUCUUUAUUCUGACGUUCAUCAAGAUAUCGAACUAUCAGAAGGAUCUCGACUUGAGGCGUUUGGCAAGGAAUCAGGAAUCGGAUCGUCAGGAUCGUAGACUCCUCCGGCGGCUUAUCAGGACAACUAUUGUCGGUUUGAUCAUCUUCUUCCUAAUGGGUCUUAACUGGACGAUGGAACUGAUAUCCUGGUUCGUCGGCGGAAACUCGUUCGACUGGACCAUGUUCGAUCUGGUGAACGCUCUUCAGGGUGUCAUCGUAUUCGGUUUGUUCGUGUUACGGAGACCGCACAGGGACUUCGUCUGGCACAGGAUACAACAGCUUCGCGGAAUAGACGUGACACCACCGGAAGCCGGUAGCAUGGAAUUAUAUCUGCUUCCGAUAAUGAACGGUGACACGGUGUCUGGGCAAACUAUCAUCCCAUGAAUAGAAUUUCGAUCGUUACCCAGUGCGUACGACGGUCGUUGUGACUCUACUGCCUGAAAUGACUGUGUUACAAGUUCCUUCGAAGAGACAUUUUAGUUAGUGUAUUUUUGUUUCUUUACCAGCAAAGAAACAUCGAAAAUAGAGAUUGGACGAGAAUAAGAGUUUCGUUCAAAUUUUGCUGAUCAUUUACGAAAGUCACGUAAGUUAUUUCAUAGCACUAGUCAAGUGCAACGAGUUAGGAAAAUAUUUGCAUUUUUGAAUCGAAUCGAAGAACAAUUUGAACAUAACGUGUAUAUAAAUGAUGUGUUAAGUUAUUUGAACUGUAUCGUUUGAAUGUUUUCUUUAAUUAUUGCGCGUGAAUGUUAGUAUAAAUAUUUAUAAUUUAUUGUACAAAAAGGGAAACAUCGUCAUCGUUUAUUAAAAAUAUUGUAAAAAAUUAUCAUAAAUAGAUUAUUCCUUUUGUAAGACAGUUGAAAGUUAUGUCACUCAAACGGAAACUCGAUAUUUAAUUUAUGAUUUCACUUUUUAACGGAACAUAAUUGCACCUGCACAGUGUUGUUUGUAAUUAUACCCGGUGCUUUAUGUGUAGAUUUUAUAUGAAUAACAGAAAAACUUGCAAGUGAGGUUUUCAGAGAUUGUAAAAAUAAUCUUCCGCUAAAACUUUGUUGUUUCACAUACUUCAAUCUACUUUUCCAUAUCAAAACAAAGAUAUACUGGACGUGAAAUCUAAAACAACGUCUGGAAUAAAAUAAAGUGAAGUUAUUUUAUAGCCACGUUCGUAUUUUCGGUCGAAAACAACGUGUUUCUGAGGAACGUGGAUUAUAUAAAAACGUCUGCAACUUGUUUUACAAUGGUAUGUGCAAGUUGUGAUAUUCCUAUGCUCAUUGCAUAACUAUGAGAAACAAGAUUGGUUACAGUAUGACUUUACAUUGAACGUUCACGGUUUCGAAAGCCUACACAACAACGUUAAAGUACCGUUUCAGAUUUCAAGAUAAAUAAUAAUAGAUUUCCGCAUGGCUUGACAAAAGAUCAAACACUAAUGGUAAAAAUACAUAGUAUUACUAGUUUCACUCAUCAUUCGUAAUUUACAUACCAACACGAAUUUUUUGCAAAAUACUGCAGUAUUUGAAUUAAACGUGGUAAAAUUAACUUACUGAACAUGACUUUUACUGAACAAUAAGUAUGUUAAACCUGCAUACUGCACACUGUACCAGGUGUUCAGAAUGAGUUACCUAAUACAAGAGUAUAAAAUGAUCUUAAAACCCUGAAAAAUACAACCUUAAACAAAAAAUUUUCAUCAUGACGUUAAUUCGUGUGUAUCUAAUAUUUUAUUCCUUAAAAAUACUUUUAUAUUGUGGAAAAUAUUAAAUACUUUAAGACCUAAUCUUAGAUGAUAAACUUUGUACAGUAAUAUAAUUAGAUAUUAUUUAUUUUAUAUUUUAUUUUACGGUUACACAGAUUAUGCAUCUUAUAUUUUGUAAUGAUAGUACCAAAAAAAUUUAUAUACAAAUUACAGUUUAUUGUAAAGUUUUUAAGUUAUUCAUUUAGACUUAAUUUAUCAAAUAAACGUUUUCUUUUAAAUGUUA